UUGUUUUGUUUUCCACAGUGAACUCCGUAAACAAAUCACCCCAGAUAUACGAGAGAUGAUCAAGCGACAGAGGAUGAAUUACCUGAUGGCCGGAACAUUGUUUUGUAAAAUUACAACAAAAGGAGGCAAAUUGAAAGAGAAACAUUGGUGGCAGCUUGCACCUAACCUAAAAACCUUUCACUACGGAGACUGGAACAGCGAAGAGACCCCUACUUUGGAACAACUGCCCAAUAAGUUGUCAGUUGUUGAUAUAAAGUCUCUGGUUGUCGGCAAAGAUUGCUCCCACGUCAAAGAGAAUCGGAAAAAGAACAUAGCAGCAGAGAUGUGUUUCUCCGUCAUUCCAGUGACCACAAUUCCACAGAACUUCCUGGCUGGCAGCCAACUAGAGUUUGACAUGUGGACCGAUGGCAUCAAUGCUUUACUGAACAACAAGAUGGUCAGCACACAGGAGAAGAGCGAUAUGGAGAUGCUUCUUGGGAUGGAGAUCAAACUACGGUUGCUGGACACAGAAGGUGUUCGAAUCCCAGCCAAGCCACCAGCCAUACCUCCAGAACCGGACAACUAUAAUUUUGUGUAUGCCAUGUGAGCCGUCACACCCGACUGACCGAGACCUCUGUCGCAUCACACGUCACAUCAUGUCACAUCAUGUUACAUCACGUCACGUCACAUCACGUCACAUCACGAUGAAGCGCUGACUUCGAUAAAACUGCAAACUGCUUCACGCUUUUAAGAACAAUGCGCUUGUUUGACGGUGGGGGUCAGAAUCGGGAUAUUCCUUUUUGACGGUAUAGAUGGUAAAAGAUAGAUGUCAAAGAAGACAGAGGUCAAAGGACAACGGAGGACAUUAAGAUAUUUUUGUGGAGUGUUUUAUACUAAACAUAUUAAAUCAUCACAGUCAUCAUAGUAAACUGCUGAUUUUUUUGAGGAAAGCAAUUCACAUUUAAGCAAACAUAUUUGCAGCAAUGGAUAUGUUUUUUUUUUAUUUUUAUUUUUUUUUAGAAAGGUCAAAUGUUGAAGAUGCUGGACAUAAGUGGACACAAACAGAUUAAAAACAGGAUUAUUGAACAGCUUACACUAAGUGGUUCUGAACCAUUUUUUAUCUAUGGACCCCUUUGAUUACUGUUUCAUUCUGGUUGGACCCCUGUAGCCAUUUGAUGGUUAAAAGCUAGUUUUAUAGAAACUGCUUUCAAAAUUCCUAUUCUGUUUGUCCCACAUUAUCUGGACAUUCAGGACGCGUCCAAAAUAGCAGAUGUUUCAUCGUGCCAAAAUCUCUCCCAUAUCGGACAAUGGGGGUUGGAUGGUGUAGCUCAAAGCUUGUUUUUUUCUUUUUCUUUUUUUCUAUUUCACAAAUAUAUCCUGCUUUCACCCCCAUCCUUCAAACAGC